AUGUCACGACUUCCAACCCCCGCCAUGUCAGGCGAGUUGAUCAUCAAAGAUCGAUCCGACGGUGUAGAUGCUUUUACUUUACCUCCCGCUGCAUUGAGCCCCGAGACUAUCAGUCGGAGCUCCUCCCGGUCAGAUCCGUCCUAUAUUCCGGCAUCGCCGACCUCUCCAGGCUCCGCGGGUCGCCGUACGAGUCACGCAGCACGGUCGGGUACAUCUAUCAAACGUUCCCUCGAGGACUUGGAUUUGCCUCCACCUCCAACUCGGACUCGCAAGAUCAUCCAGAUGAAGCCCAAGUCAUCUACUUCGAAAUCUCACCGCUCAAAGGAUCAUGGCAAAAGCUCACCCCAGAGCCCGGAAGAGGUCACUCCCAAUCCCACAUCCACGAAGAGAAAACAGCCCAGUGCCACUAGUGUUGCAGGACGCAAGAUUGCCCGCAAGACCGCACACAGCCUAAUUGAGCGUCGACGGCGAUCCAAGAUGAACGAGGAGUUCGGGACGUUGAAGGAUAUGAUUCCUGCAUGCACGGGGCAGGAAAUGCACAAGCUAGCCAUUCUUCAGGCGAGCAUUGACUAUGUCAAUUACCUAGAAAAAUGUAUCCACGACAUGAAGACUUCAGGAUCAAGCCAUACCCCGGCUGCUCCGCCUUCACCAACAUCCCCUCAGUUCAUCGCAGAAACGGGCGUUGAGCUCACGCGAGAUCCACCUUCCACUUACUCCUGUUCCCCUUCUGUAUCACCGGAGUUGUAUGCCCAACCAGCGCAAUUUCCAGAUACCUCCCCGUCUUUCUCCCCGCGCACUCAAGUCCCCUCAGCGCAGACCCUGCCAGAUUUUACUUCCAUCCUCCCUAGUCCCGCACUGGCCCCAACAUGGGCCUCUACCGAGAAGAUGCAUGAGCUUCAAGGUGUUGAUCAUGAGGCUUCAACUGCGUUGCUCAUGUUAACUCAGGAUCGGAGAGGGACUGCGGAUUCAAUCUGUGAGAACUUUUCUGGGGGUACUGCGUUCGCAACAUCCUCGGCGGGGACUUCACAUGCGCCUGAUGAGAUGCCAAGGAGAAGGGGCAUGAGUGUUCGCGAUCUUCUUAUCUCGUAA